ACCCCAAACGAAACAAAAUGACGAUCAACGAAAAGACGUCGCUGCUGCCGAAGGAGUACCAGAAGACGUACAGCAUCACCAUUCCGCAGGACGAUGUGAAUAAUAAUAUCAGCAAUAGCAACAACGACAAUGACGUACUAAGCGUGUACGACAGCUAUGCACUCACCAAAGACGAGCUGAACAAGUACAUAGACGACCCCUGGUGGAUAAAGAUGCGGUAUGGAUGUUUUGCUACCUGCUGGAUCGUGUGUCUGAUUGCGCUGGUUGUUUCCCUGUACAUCGCAGCAGAUGCACUACAACAUGAUCAUUGCGGUGCCACAUUAGUCAACAAUGGAACAUCCACACCAGCCAGCCUAAUCUCGGACAGUAGUAGCAGUAGUAGUAGUAGCGGUAUCAUCAGCACCACCACGAAUCCUUUCGCUAACACGGAACCAAGCACGCCUCCUUCGAUCGUGUUUGCUUUGCUAAAUCAACAAACGUCGUAGG